CUGAUGGACCAGAUUGCAGUAGUUGGUCAAAAUUGGCCUGAUCAAGCCGAACAAAAUCCGAUCUUUUAUGAAAUUAUGUGGUGGCAGAGCAGGCAGGCAGGGGUACCUCCAAGGAGAGGAUAUACAGGUACACCUGAGUCAUUAUACAAUUUUGGAAGAAACAACAGAGUUCAUGCACCUGAAAAAACAAAGGGGCCAAGGGGAGCUCUGCUAGGGGAGAUUCAGCAAGUGCCACCCCAUGGUGCAGGGCGUUGGCGAUGGAUGAUCAUUACUCCUGAGGGGGAAUGGGGCUGGGUGUGGCAGCCUGCUCAAGGGCAGUGGUUCUGGCCGACGGUUCCAGGUGAUACCCAGUGGCGAAUGACCAAGUGGCCAAAUGCUGCACCAGUGCUGCCUCUACUACCAUUAUCUGCCCAGGACCAGAAAAUGGAUAAUCCAGAGAAUGUGGGCCAUAUGGUAGGGAAGGAGUUUGGGAUGUUCUUUGCUCAUGCCACGGCCUUUGUCCUCCUAUUCUUACAGUGUGGAACUCCAGAGUAUAUUGAUCAGCCUCAUCAGAGAUACGAAGAGGCAAUGGAUAGUUAA